CGCAACAGUCCCAAGCUUCUGUCGCAAGGAUGGGAAAAGGCACGGACAAGUUAUAUAUCACACAUUCGGAGUGGGCAUCGGAAGAUGCAUUCUCCGCCAGCGCUGGAGCUGGCGUGGGUAGAGCGAAAAGAGGAGGGGUGGAUACCGCGUUCAAACGCCUUCCAUUCAACUUUUGUUCCCUCUCGCUACAACCGUUUUCGCACCCCGUGUGCACCCCGACGGGGGCGAUCUUCGACCUUACAAACAUUCUCCCGUGGAUCAAGAAACACGGGACAAAUCCGGUGAAUGGCACGCCCCUCAAAACCUCCGAUCUCAUCAAGCUACAUCUCGCAAAGAACGAGUCCGGGGAGUAUGUCGACCCCGUCACGUAUAAGGUUUUCACGGAUAAUACGCACAUUGUCGCGCUGCGGAAUACGGGGAAUGUCUUUGCCUGGGAUACAGUCGAGCGGUUGAAUAUUAAGGGGAAGCUGUGGCGGGAUCUGGUGACGGAUGAGGAGUUCACUCGGAAAGAUAUCAUUACCUUGCAGGACCCGCAGAACAUCGAGUCGCGGAACUUGAGCUCAUUCAACUAUCUGAAAGAGGGAGAGAGUGGAUUGACCGACGAACAGAUCCGGGAGAGAGAGGACCCUUCGAAUAACGUCAACGUCAAUGCGCUGGGAAGCUCGGCGAAGAUUCUGAAGGCAAAGGAGGCUGUGGCCAAAGCUCGUGCAGAGAGAGCCCAACGUGUUGGAACCGCAGCCACAUCAAAGGAAUUAUCCAAGACUGGAAUCGCUGGAAGUGCGGCACAGGCUCAGAAGAAGGUGUCGCUCCAAUCUGGCAAGGCUAUUCCAUACAAUGCGGCCAGACACACUACUGGUUUGGCGGCCGCCUCAUUCACCAGCACCGGGAUGACGCCCCACACCUCUGCCGAGCUCGCGCUUUUGUCCGACGAAGAGUACAUGCUGAAGAGAGGACGAGUGAAGCAAAAGGGCUAUGCGCGCAUUUCGACUACCGCCGGGGAUGUCAACCUGGAAUUGCACACUGAAUACGCGCCCAAGGCCGUGUGGAACUUUAUAAAACUUGCCAAGAAAGGCUACUACAAAGAUGUCACUUUCCAUCGCAACAUCCGGGGAUUCAUGAUCCAGGGUGGUGACCCCUCUGGCACCGGGAGGGGCGGCGAAAGUAUCUGGGGAAAGUACUUUAACGAUGAGUUCGAAGGACCACUGAAACACGACUCGCGGGGGACCCUCAGCAUGGCCAACAAAGGCAAGAAUACGAAUAGCAGUCAAUUCUUUAUCGCUUAUCGUGCCCUGCCCCAUUUGAACAACAAGCACACCAUUUUCGGUCAUGUCAUUGAUGAUCCCACUCCCUCCUCCCCGACCUUGAACAACCUUGAAAUGCACCCGACUAACCCGACUACUAAUCGACCUACCCCCGAUGUUCGCAUCAUCGAUGUUACGGUGUUUGUGGACCCAUUUGAGGAAUUUCUGAAGCAAAAACAGACAGAGGAGGCGAAGGCGAAGGGCCAGCUUGUCAACCCCGAGGAAGAAGAGCAGAAUGCGCGUCGCGCCGAGGACGACCGGAUCACCUGGACUGGCAAGAGGGUUCGUGGCUCGGGGCAGGGAACGACGGAAGAAGGAUCCAGCGGGGUAGGAAAAUACCUGAAAGCAGCACUGGCUGAGAGGGCCGGCCAAGAGGAAGACGAGAUAGUCGAGUUCGUGGAUGAGGAGCCCGAACCUGAGCCCAUGAGGAAAAAAUUCAAGGGUGGCGGUGGGUUUGGUGAUUUCAGCUCCUGGGACUAGCCCGGGGGCACUUUUCUCUUUGCCCCUGCAUUCUGUGUAUCAAUUGGGGGGUUAGAUCAAGGGUCAUACAUACAAUCAGGCGUUGACUGCCAAAUCAUUGGGGGCGGGUCCAUGCUGUUGGGAUAAUGUACUACUAUAGUAUGUAAUUGGAGACUAGGAUUCUGCUGUCGAGUAGGACGGACAAUGGAUUUGGAUCAACAAGAAUCA